AUGGACGACGAGGACGCUAUCCGCGCGGCCAAUUUACUGCGCGGCGAUGACAGGGUCGACAACAGUGGUGUGGACGGGGCCCGCAUUUUGGCGAUAGAUCCGUUGGGGUACUACGCCCGUCUGGGCGUUUCGCCAAAGGCGACACAGCAGGAGAUACGCCGCGCCUUUCUGUUUCUUAGUCAGCGCUAUCACACGGACAAGCACGCGAGCCAGGGCGACACAGUGCAGAGCUUGAUGAGCGAGCGCUUCCAGGAGCUGCAAGACGCGUACACAGUGCUGUCCGACGAGCGGCAGCGUGCAGCGUACGACGCAGGCGGCGACACGGGGAUUCAGCGAUUGGCUCUCGUCCCCGCCGGACUCCACCGGCGCGAGGACAUCCUGAACUAUAUUCUGUCGCUUGACAGAGAGACGCAGCUGUUGCGCACCGCAAAGCUGCUCUCGGCAACCUCGCAGACAACAGUGAACUUCUCCACUGCCCACUUGUUCAGCUUGCGAGGGUCAAGUGAGGGCGUCGGUAGCAGCAGGGGAUCCAGCGAAGGUGGUGACAAUGCUGAGCCAAGUGCCCACGGAGGGAGUAGCAGCUCCAAUAACGACAAGCCACCGUCUGAGCAGCUUCUGUCUUCCCCAUCAUCGCUCCAUGCGCAGCGUCCGGUGGCGCAACCAACGACCGCGUCUGCCACCACUUCCUUGCCCGCUGGUGAGGCCGCUUCAACGGCUCCAGCAACUCCCGCUCCUGCAGCAGCACCACCGCAGAGCGUGACACCAUCGGCGAAUUCCACGGCAAGCAGCGAGGAUGGCAAAGGGGAGCCUCCCGCCCCGACUGACGCGAUGCAAGCUCAACUCACUGCCAAAGAGAUCGUCAUUGACGGGCAGCGUCAUAUUGUUCUAAUCCCAAGCCAGGAGGUGCAGUGGCAACUCCGACAGCGCAUGCUAGGGCUGGCUGCUGGGGAGGCGGCUGCGUCGUCUUCCUUCAGCGGAGGCGGUGAUGUGCCUCGAGCGGUGCGGCCGCGGCGCCUCCUGUCAGCGUCGCGAGCGAUCAUGUUUACCGUUGUGCCCAAGUCUAUGAAGUUUCGCAGCUCCUUUCAGCACUUUAUUACGCCUCGGCUCUCCAUCACGUUUCGCACGGACGGCGCCGCACGGAUGCAGAAGACCAUCACAAGCCUCACCACCACGGCCGAGUACCGCCUUGACGAUGUCCGUACGUACGAAACAUCGCUGCGCAUGACCGUGCACGGACUGAAGUGGUGUGUCACGCAGACACGUGCCCUGAAUCCGUUGUGGACGCUCAAGGCAAAGCUCACAGCCUUGACCAGCUCGGCCCUACUGCAGAAGCUGGAACUCGUCCUGACGCGCAGGAUGUCGGCGACGGCAGAGCUGGAGAAUGUGCUGGCCAUGUCGAUCACCGAGAACGGUUACUUUCGCUCCAGCUUUAACAGCUUUGCGGAUGAUGUGCAGCAGGGACUCAGCACCUACUUGGCGUUUCACAACAUGCAUGUCACCGCCUUCACCGGCAGGAAAGUCGUGCUGGGUGUGGACACGAGGGACCCCAAACACCCCCCCGCGUACGGCCUGAUGCAGUACUCGGUGAACUGCUCACCGCUCGCCGGGCAGUCGACCUUUGGCAUUGAGGCCUGGUACUUUUCCUCAAAGACUCAGCGGUACGGCCUGGCCUUCACGGCCGUCGUACCCUAUGCUGUCAGCCCGAUCGCACCACCCUUCUUCUUCGUGCGAAGCGCACAGUUCGCUGUCGUGAAUCAGAUAUCCAUCCUGUAUGCCCGCGGCAGCCACCGCAUCUCCGUCCCCAUCAUCGUCUUCAUCUCACUCAAGGUGAGCCACGGGCUCAUGUGGCUGUCCGUGCCACUGGCCCUCUACCGAAUCGGGUCAAUGCUCUACCGCCCCUACGCCCGCGGCAAGGCGAUCCGGUAUUACACUCAGCAGCGUAAACUGCACAUUGCUGAGGUGGACGUGGCGCGGGAGAGGGCGCGCAUGGAGCAGCUCGCCCUCGAGAGCCUGGUGCUGAUGAGUCGCGCGAGAGAGGAGCGGAAAGGUGGCCUCGUUAUUAUCAACGCACGCUACGGUGUGAUUGAGCCUCAGUUUGCCGAGAUCACGCCACCGGUGGUGACUCACUCGUCGUCGAGGUGGUGGCCGUCGCAGAUAAUGGCUCGUGUGGCGAAGCGCAUCAUCCAAGGGUGGAUGCGGCACCGCAAGACCACUGCGGCUUCGUCGGGGGCUGGAGAUGACACCUUCGAGGCGCGGCAUGACCCAAUCCGCAGUGACGCCAUUCCGCUCUCUAUAGACGUCACCAUUGCCGUACAGAACCUGGUGCGUGACUCGGCACUGACCCUUCCAGCUGGCACAAAGAGCUCGCUGGUCGGCUUCUGCAACCCUGAUCCGUACACGCCAGAGUGCCAGAAGCUGAAGAUUGUGUACUGGUUCCGCAAACGCAAGCACAUGGCGGUGUUCAACGAUGACGAGGGAGUGGAUUUGCCGCAGCGGGAGCACCUCAUCAAAUCAUGA